GUCUGGGCGGGCGGAGCGCGGCUGCAAGAAGUUCGAAGUUGUAGCCGCUACUUGUCUGACAUCCCCCACAGUCUCGGUGCGGCGCAAAGUAGAAGAAACUGCAUGAAACGGCAAUAUCCAGAAUGAAAUCCCUGCUCCUGGCUUUGACAUUAAUCGCGGCUCUGUGGGGAGGCAGCUGCGCACCGCAAAGAGGGCUUUUCCCAGCUGUGCUGAACUUGGCAACCAUGGCUGAAAUCACAGCCAAUGCAACAUGUGGUGAAAGUGGCCGUGAGCUGUAUUGUAAGCUGGUAGAACAUGUUCCUGGUCAACCGGUUCGAAAUCCUCAAUGUCGUUACUGUGAUACAAAGAGUAGCAACCCCUACGAACGACAUCCCAUCACACAUGCUACUGAUGGCACAAACAGAUGGUGGCAAAGCCCUAGCAUUCAAAAUGGUAUGGAUUUUCAUUAUGUCACCAUUACUCUGGAUCUUCGUCAGGUUUUUCAGAUUGCUUACGUUAUCUUGAAAGCUGCCAAUUCUCCUCGUCCUGGCAACUGGAUUUUGGAAAGCUCCAAUGAUGGUGUUGUCUUUAGACCAUGGCAAUAUUAUGCAAUCACAGAUUCCGAGUGUAUAUCCCGCUACGGUAUAUUUCCUCGGACUGGCCCACCAUCUUACACUCGAGAUGAUGAAGUCAUCUGCACUUCAUUUUAUUCCAAGAUCCACCCACUGGAAAAUGGAGAGAUUCACACAUCUCUUAUUAAUGGAAGACCCACAGCUGAUGAUCCAUCUCUCAUAUUGCUGAACUUCACUUCUGCCCGGUAUAUUCGUCUUCAGUUUCAGAGGAUCAGAACACUAAAUGCAGAUUUAAUGACCUUAGCUUACAAUGAUCCCCGAGAUGUUGACCCCAUUGUUACUCGACGGUAUUACUAUUCAAUCAAAGAUAUUUCAGUUGGCGGCAUGUGCAUCUGCUAUGGACAUGCAAAAGCUUGCCCUUUGAACUAUUUAACGAAGAAAUUUACUUGUGAAUGUCAACACAACACCUGCGGAGAAAGGUGUGAUCGCUGUUGUCCAGGAUUCAAUCAAAAACCUUGGAUGGCGGGUACUUUUCUUACCAGACAUGUAUGUGAAAAAUGUAAUUGUCAUGGGAAAUCUGAAGAGUGCUACUAUAAUCAGACAGUAGCAGACAACAACUUAAGCCUAAACAUCCUGGGAAAAUUUGACGGUGGUGGUGUGUGUGUCAAGUGUGCCAACAACACGGCCGGAAUUAAUUGUGAGACUUGUAUUGAUAGCUUCUUCAGGCCAAGUAAGAUCUUCCCUGAUGUACCUAACCCCUGCGUUCCCUGUGAAUGUCACCCAGCUGGCUCACUGAAUAAUGUGUGUAUAAAAGACACAACUAAAACUGAAGGAGAUCUCCAGCCUGGUUUCUGUGGUUGCAAAGAUGGCUACAGUGGAGCAACUUGUGACAGAUGUGCUUUUGGUUUUAUUGGUUUUCCAAACUGCAUUGCAUGCAACUGCAGCAUUCAUGGAAGCUUGAACUCCGAUCCUUGUGUGGAGCCAUGUAUUUGCAAGAAAAAUGUGGAGGGAGACUACUGUAAUCACUGCAAACCAGGAUUUCUUAAUCUUUUGCAAGAAAAUGCUGAUGGAUGUGAGAAAUGUUUCUGUUCUGAUGUCUCAAGUGAAUGUUCUGGAUCACAAUGGGCAUACUCUAAUGUGAUGGACAUGACUGGAUGGGUGUUUGUGGGCUCAGAUGGUAUUAAAAAUCUUCCUGUCAUCCUUGAGUCCAAUAAUAUGAAUCUGCAAGUCCACCUUAACAGUGAAGAAAUACAAAGAGAGUCGCCUUUCUUUUAUUAUUGGAGUGCACCGCCUGCAUACUUGGGCAACAAGCUGGCAGCAUAUGGUGGAAAAUUUGCUUUCUCAGCUUCCUAUGACAUCAAAAGUGUGGACAAUAAUGUCCGAACUUUCACUCCUCUUGACAUUAUUAUCGAGGGCAAUGGAAGAAGACUCAGUAAUGUCAAAGAGGAAAUGGGGCUCUAUUCACCUGGAGCAAAUCUUCAAGUGAUUAAGUUUUACUACAAAAAAUUCAGACAUCUUGAAUCCUGGUUUCCUGUCAGUCGGAAGGACUUCAUGGCAGUCCUUACAAAUGUGUCCCAACUCCUGCUCAGAGUGACACACAGCAAUGAAGAGAACACCAUCUACAGGUUAAGUUCUGUGAGCCUUGAAGUAGCUGAUCCAUAUUCAAGAGGCACAGCUGUGGCAACAGCUGUUGAAAUAUGUCGCUGUCCUCCUGGCUAUGAAGGCACUUCUUGUGAAGUUUGUGGUACUGGGUAUCGAAGAAUUAAUGGAACUUUAUUGCAAGGAAUUUGUGAAAAGUGCUUAUGCUUUGGUCAUUCAGAUGACUGUGAUGACAUCACCGGAAAUUGUAAGGGUUGCAGGCAUCACACUGCUGGACCACAUUGUGACAUAUGCAUCCCUGGCUUCUAUGGUGAUCCAAAAAGGGGGACACCCACAGACUGCCAGCCCUGCGCCUGCCCACUUCUGAAUCCAUCAAACAACUUUAGCCCCACAUGCCACCUGGAUAAGAAAGGAGAGUUAAUAUGCGAUCAGUGUCUACCUGGAUAUACUGGGCCACGCUGUGAGAGGUGUGCUGAUGGGUACCAUGGCCGUCCUGCGGAGCCAGGAGGCUCUUGCCAACCAUGCGAGUGUAAUGGCAAUCUCGACUUGUCAUCCCCUGCGAGCUGUGACCCUGUCACAGGCGCCUGCCUGAAAUGCAAGGACGGAUUUAGCGGCCAGUAUUGUGAGAGUUGCUCAGACGGGUAUUUUGGAGAUGCUAUUAUAGCCAAGUCCUGUCAGCCAUGCCAAUGCAAUCACAAUGGCUCUAUGUCAGAAGUAUGUAAUGUUCAGACAGGCCAAUGUCAGUGUCGAGAACACGUCGUGGGCAGACAGUGUGAUGAAUGCAUGGUGAGUAUCAAUAUCUGCAAUUAUGGAAAGUGGGGCACGUAUAAUCUUCAACCUUCUAGAGGAUGUGUGCCUUGCAACUGCAACUCCUUUGGUUCCAAGUCUUUUGAUUGUGAUGAAAAUGGACAGUGCAUAUGCCAGCCUGGAGUAACUGGACAGAAAUGUGACCAUUGUGCUGUUGCGUACUACAAUUUUCAGGAAGGAGGUUGCACACCAUGCAGAUGUUCCCACAUUAGAAAUCACUGUGAUGCAAAUACAGGACAGUGCAUUUGUCCUCCUAAUACAAUUGGCGAAAACUGUGAUAGAUGUGCUCCAGAUUAUUGGGGUCAUGAUAUCAUCAGUGGAUGUAAGCCUUGUGACUGCAAUGUUAUGGGUUCCCAGUCUCUGCAGUGCAACCCUGAAACGGGUUGCUGUUUCUGUCAAACAGAAUUUACAGGAGAGAAGUGCAAUGAGUGCAGGACAGGAUAUCGAGACUUCCCACACUGUAUCUCUUGUGAGUGUUCUUUUGAGGGAGCCGCCCCGGAGACAUGUGACGAAACUCUAGCAACAUGUUCAUGUGCUGAUCGUACUGGACAAUGCACCUGCAAGCCAAACGUAGAGGGUGAGCAUUGUGAUAGGUGUAAGCCAGGCACCUUUGGACUAAGUGCAAAUAAUCCAUUGGGAUGCAGCAACUGCUACUGUUUUGGCAUUACAGCCACCUGCACCGAGGCAAAGGGACUAAUCCGUAUGUGGCUGACACUCAGACCUGACCAGAUGGUGCUGCCUCUGGUGGAUAAGGCAAAUCAAAGACGGACCACAAAUGGCAUUUCAUUCCAGUAUCCUGAAAUAGUUGCUAACAUAGAUUCUGUUACCCAGGACCUCUUGUCAGAGCCUUUUUAUUGGAAUCUGCCAGAGCAGUUUCAGGGCCGCAUGAUAACAGCCUAUGGUGGUAAACUGAAAUAUGCAAUUUAUUUUGAGGCGAGGGAUGAAAUAGGACGUUCUCAUUAUGAGCCACAGGUCAUAAUAAAAGGCGGCCCGGCCAAAGAUAAAACAAUCGUGCGCCAUAUGCCUGGACUCCAGAUUGGCCAGCUAACCAGGCAUGAAAUAGAAAUGACUGAGCACAACUGGAAAUUUCUUCACGAUGGCAGCCCCUUAACAAGAGAAGAUUUUAUGAAUGUUCUGUAUAAUAUUGAGUAUAUCUUGAUUAAGGCUUCUUAUGGAAACCUAAUGAGACAAACCAGAAUCUCAGAAAUCUCAAUGGAGGUGGCAGAAGAAGGCAAAAGCUUGAGGGAGAGUGAACGUGCUUAUCAGAUUGAGCAAUGUGACUGUCCCCCAGGAUAUUCAGGACUCUCCUGUGAGGAAUGUGCUGCAGGAUUCUACAGACUUUCUCCAAGAACACAAGGAGCAGCAUCUAGUAUUGGGAGCUGUGUCAGGUGUCAGUGCAAUGGACACAGUGAAAUCUGUGAUCCGGAAACAUCAAUAUGUCAGAACUGCCGCCACAACACAGUAGGAGACCGGUGUGAACACUGUGCUCCAGGUUUCUAUGGAGUUGUGAGGGGAGCACCCAGUGACUGCAAGCCUUGUGCUUGUCCACUUCCAACUCCCAGCAACAAUUUUAGUCCAAGCUGCGUCAUGGAAGGCUUCUCUGAUUUCCGUUGUACUGCCUGCCCUCCAGGCUAUGAAGGACAGUAUUGUGAAAGGUGCUCUCCUGGAUUCCAUGGUGAUCCAACGACUCUUGGUGGUUCAUGUCAGGAAUGUAAGUGUAGUCUAACAGGCUCCUUGCCUGUGCCUUGUGACCAGCUCACUGGACAAUGUACAUGUAGACCUGGAGCAACAGGACCAACCUGUGAUCUGUGCAUGGAAAGGCAUGUGUGUGAAUCUCAACAAAUCAUAUUCUGUGAUGAUGAAUGUACAGGACUCCUCCUCACUGACUUAGACAACCUGGGUCAAAUGGUGAUGAGCAUCAACUUAACUGGUCCACUGCCUCCACCUUAUAAAGUGUUGAACAGAUUUGAAAACACGACACAAGAGCUAAAGCACCUGCUGUCACCACAGAAAGCACCAGAAAGGCUUUUACAAUUGGCUGACCGUAACCUAAAAACAUUAAUAACGGAAAUGGAUGAGCUUUUAAGCCGGGCCACAAAAGUAUCUGCUGAUGGAGAACAAACAGAUGCAGAUGCAGCAAGAACUAAGAAAAGGGCAGACGAAGUUAAAAACUUUGUUCAGGACACUUUGCAAGCAGCUGAAGCUUUGAAAGAGAAAAGUCAAAAAUUAAAUGAAACUCUUGGGAUACAAGAUGGGGCUCACGAAAAAAGCCUGCCAGAGAUACGCAAGGAUGUAGAAAAGAUGCUAGCAGAAUUAAGGAAGAGAAGACUAGACAAACAUAAGCAUGCCUCCGAUGAAGAACUAGGUUUGGCAGAUGCACUUCUUCGCAAAGUUAAGAGGCUCUUUGGUGGUCCCCAUCAAACAACUGAGAACCUAAAGAAGGAAGUCGAAAGUAAAAUGACAGAUUACCAGAAUAAGCUGGACGACAUUGAAAAUCUUCUAAGGGAGGCCCAGGGAAAAAUCAGUCACACUAACCAGUUGUCUGCCGUCAACCAAAGAAACAUGACAGCCUUGGAGGAAAAAAGGCAGGCUGUCAAUGAUGGCAAGAAGGGCAUAGAAGACGUACUUGCUGAAGGAGAGAAUAUUCUUGGGGAAGCAAGUCAACUUUUGGAUGGCAUAAAUUCAGAAAUUGAAGACCUAGAGAAAAUUCAAAAGAACAUGUCACCACUUGGUAACCAGCUGAAACACAAAGUGGAAAAAAUCAGCAAAACUUUGCUGGAAAACAAUCUUCCAGAACUGGUCCUCCAAGCUGAAAAUCAUGCAGCUCAGCUGAAUGACUCAUCAGGCAUUCUAGACAGCAUUCUAGCAGAAGCUAAGAACCUAUCUUUCAAUGCCACUGCAGCUUUCAAAGCUUACAGCAACAUUAAAGCUUUUAUUGAUGAAGCAGAAAAGGUUGCCAAGCAAGCGAAGGCCCACGCAUCUGAAGCUGUGCAACUGGCUUCAGGUCCCAUGGGCUCACUAAAGGAUAAUGCGAAAGCCUCUCUGCAACGAAGUUUCAGACUUUGGAAUGAAGCUAAAAUGCUAGAUAAAAUUUUAAAAGAAAAUGGGGAUAAUCUGAAUAGCAUGCAGACAAGAGUGAAAGCUGCAAAACAAAAGCACAGUGAUUUGCUUAAACAUCUGAAUGAAGCCUUUAGGAAGCUAAAUGCAAUGACUAAUGAGACCAGUUCAAAACUACAGGCCGUCAAGGACAAGGCCAAGCAAGCUAAUGAAACAGCCAGCGAUGUGCUUGCACGAAUUAAGGAUAUGAACUUGAAUCUUAUGGGGUUGCAGAAAAAUUACAGCAAACUGGAAGAUGAUGUGAACAGAGCCAAUGCUAUAAUCCAGGAUCCAGCUAAAAACAUUAAUGCAGCGGGUGCUAAAGUUAACGAUUUGGAGAAGGAAGCUGACCGCUUAUUGGAAAAACUAAAACCAAUUAAAGAGCUUCAAGACAACCUGAAAAAGAACAUCUCCCAGAUUAAAGAACUCAUAAACCAAGCACGAAAGCAGGCAAACUCCAUUAAAGUCUCUGUUUCAUCUGGAGGGGAAUGCAUCCGAACUUAUCGACCUGAAAUUAAAAAGGGUUCCUAUAAUACGAUUGUCUUAAAUGUGAAGACAGCACAUCUCGAUAACUUGCUCUUUUAUCUUGGAAGUUCUAAAUAUACUGACUUCUUAGCCAUUGAGAUGCGUAAAGGAAAGGUUAACUUCCUUUGGGAUGUGGGGUCUGGGGUUGGCCGUGCUGAAUACCCAGACUUGAUCAUUAAUGAUGAGAACUGGUACAGAAUUGAAGCAUCCAGGAAUGGACGCAAUGGCAGUGUUUCAGUACGUGCUAUGGAAGGCAAAAAAGCAAGCAUAAUGCCAAGCAUUUUCCAUGGAGAGGCUCCUGAAGGUUACAACAUCCUAGAUGUUGGUGGCAAUACUUAUCUGUUUGUUGGUGGCAUAACUGGCAAAGCAAAGAAAGCAGAUGCUGUGAAAUCUUCAACUUUUUCUGGCUGCAUGGGAGAGACGUUUCUGGACAAACAACCAAUCGGACUCUGGAACUAUAGAGAGAGAGAGGGAGACUGCAAAGGAUGCGUAGUGAGCCCUCAGGUUGCAGAUAAUGAAGGGACAGUGCAGUUUGAUGGAGAGGGAUAUGCAACUGUGGGACGACCAUCCCGCUGGAACCCCAACGUGUCAACAAUAAUGUUUAAAUUCCGGACAUUCUCUACAAAUGCAAUUCUUAUGUAUUUUGCUACAACAGACCUGAAAGACUUCAUGAGUAUUGAGCUAAAUGAUGGACGUAUCAGAGCCAGUUUUGACCUUGGCUCGGGUACAGCAUCUGUAAUCAGCACACAGCGGCACAAUGAUGGCAAAUGGAAGUCGUUGACCCUCUCAAGAAUUCAAAAGCAAGCUAAUGUGACGAUAGUGGAUAUAGACACUAAUCAGGAAGAGAAAAUGGGCACUGUUUCUGGAGGAACAAAUUCUGGCCUCAAUCUUAAGGACAAUGAGAAGAUUUACUUUGGUGGUUUACCAUCUUUAAAAAGCGUCAGAGCCGAAGUAACCCUGAAGAAAUUUUCUGGCUGUUUCAAAGACAUUGAAAUUUCCAGGACACCUUACAACUUGUUAAGUAGCUCUGAUUACACAGGCCUUACAAAAGGAUGCUCAGUGGAGAACAUAAACACUGUCAGCUUUUCUAAGUCUGGGUAUUUGGAAGUGAAGCCAUUCUCCUUUGAUGUGGGCAGUGAGAUAACUCUAUCCUUUGCAACAAAUAACGACACUGGAAUCAUUUUAUUUGGCAGUGGGGGUGUUCCAGUACAACCAAGGAGGAAACGCAGGCAAGCUGGUCAGCCUUACUGUGCAGUCUUGCUGAACAAAGGCCGUCUGGAAGUUCUUGUUUACACUGGUUCCCGAGAUCCUCGUAGAGUAAUGAGGAAACCGGAGGAGGGAGCUCUUCAUGAUGGCAGGGAUCACUCUAUCAAAAUAGAAAGAAAAAAAGGGCUAUUUACAGUGCAAGUAGAUGAUGAGAAACCAAAAAUGCAGCACAGAAUGCCCAGUGAUCAGCCCAUAAUCAUGAAUAAGCUAUUCCUUGGAGGUGUUCCCCCUUAUAUCCAACCUGGAGUACUUCGAAAUAUUUCUCCUUUUGAAGGAUGUAUAUGGAACUUGAUAGUCAACACUGUCCCUAUGGACUUUGCCCAACCAGUGUCAUUUGAGAAUGCAGAAAUUGGACAAUGUGUCAGUCUGACUCCCCUCUUUAUGCCAGUCUCAGAGGAGACAGUCACCCAGGUCCCAGAGGAGAUCCAACCCCAACAUAUUCGCACUCCAUCCGCCCCCAUCGACCAGCAAAUAACACCUUCAGCUUCAGAUUCAAUUGUAGCUGAAUUCAGGAGUGCCAGCAUUGCCACUGCUCAUCACUUCACACCGAUUUCUUGUGCUGCUGGACCCGAGCCAAUUACUCUGCAGGAUGCAAUUCAGUUUGGUCUGUCCAGAAACAGUCACAUUGCUAUGGAAUUUAAUGAUACCACGGUCAAGAGCAGGUUAAUAAUUGAGUUUGAAAUUAGGACAGAAGCUGCUUCAGGUCUGGUAUUUUACAUGGCAAGAAUCAACCACGCAGAUUUUGCAACAGUUCAGAUAAAGGAGGGUAUUGCUCAUUUGAGUUUUGACCUUGGAAGUGGAAAUACAAGUACAUCUGUUUCCCGGAUCAUCAAUGAUGGCCAGUGGCACAAGAUUAGAGUAUAUCGGGAUAAGCAACGAGGCAGUCUUACAGUUGAUGGCCGAUAUAUCAACUCUACAAUUAGCCCUAAGAAAGCAGACAUCCUUGAUGUUGUUGGAAUGUUGUACGUAGGAGGCCUACCGGUGAAUUAUACAACAAGACGAAUAGGACCGGUGGUUUACAGUAUGAAGGCAUGUAUUCGAAACUUUAAAAUGGUUGGCUUGCUGCUGGAUUUAGACAACCCAACCUCGAGCUACAACAUUGGCAACUGCUUUGUUAAUCCAGAGAAAGGAGCCUACUUUAAAGGAACUGGAUAUGCAAAAACAGUGGGAGCAUAUAAAGUUGGCACAGAGCUGCUAAUAAAGUUUGAGUUCCGAACAUCAAAGAGUAAUGGAGUGUUGCUUGGAAUAAGUGGCCAAAAAAUGGAUGGUCUUGGCAUUGAAAUAGUUAAUGGAAAGGUACUCUUCCAUGCCGACAAUGGUGCUGGCAGAUUUAGCGCGAUAUAUGAACCAGUUUUCCAAGGUGAAUUGUGUGAUGGACAAUGGCACACAAUAACAGCAAAUAAGAAGCACCACCUAUUAGAACUUACAGUGGAUGGAAAAGUAGUUGAAGGACAGAGCUCUAAUGUGGCUUCGACAUCAGCUGACACGAACGACCCUGUUUUUGUUGGAGGAUAUCCAGAAGGGCUAAACCAGUACGGAUUGACAACUGAUACACCAUUCACAGGAUGCAUAAGGAACUUGGAGCUCAUCAAGGGCUCAGAAGCUCAGAAAAUAGACUUCACUAAAGCACUUGCACUCCAUGGUGUCCAUCCUCUGACAUGUCCAACAAAUUAACCUUCUUCAACAUUGUGUAAAUCAUGUAAAAAUAUUAAAGCAAGAAAAUAAACAACUGUUCAAACAUUAUAUUAAAUUGCUAUGUUAACAUGUUUGUUCUGUACUUAAUUGCUGAAAGUGUCAGUGUUUUAUUCAUUUUCUGUUUUAUAUAAAGGAAAGUGUAAAAGUGGAGAACAUUAGAAGAGUGUUGAAUAAGCAAAUAUGAUGUAAAAAUAGUUUUUUGAGUACUCUAUAUAUGCUUAUGUGGUCAGGGCUUUGUAGAUUAAUGUGCAUGGAGAGAUUCUUGCCCUGUAGUUAAAAUGUAUGCUUUGCAUUAAUAUCUAAAGGCAUUAAAUGACUCCUUACACUCUU